UGACGUAAUCAUAGCGCUGCAGGAAGAUCUUGGUCGCUCUCUCUCUCCAGUCCACAGUCCCAAGAACAGCCCGUGCCGCCGUGUUGUAGCCUAGGCGCUAUAGAACUCACUUUUGCCCGUUAAAGUACAGGCGGCAGGGGGUCAGCGAGGGCUACGCGAUUGCGCGCACGUCCGAUGUGCGUUCCACACCACUGAGUGCGUGUUGAACUGACAGUCUUAUGCAAGCCAGCCUACACAGAGACACGAUGUCUGACUCUGCUGCUACAGCAGGUAACAACGGGGACCGUUCGCUAAACGGGUCCUGGGUGGAGUUGGAGAUGAACAGAAGUGGAGGUUCUCUACCUCCACCUCCUCCUCCUUCCUCCUCCACCACCACCACCUCCUCCACCUCCCCCACCACCACCUCCUCUCUCACCACCUCCACAGGCCCAGACCUUGGCCCAGCUACACCAGUGGCCCCCACACUGCCUCAGGUAGUGGAGGAGGAGGAGGAUGGGAUGGUGGGAGGCCUGGAGCACGUGCCCUCGUCUUCCUCCAUCCACAACGGAGACAUGGAGAAGAUCCUACUGGACGCCCAGCACGAGUCCAGCCGCAGCAACUCCUCCUGUGACAGCCCUCCGCGUCCACAUAGUCCUCAGGAUGAUGGCCAGAUCCACUUUGAUGUGGACAGGAGGUCCAGCCAGUCGGAGGUGGAUAUCCUGGAGAAGGAGCGCGAUGACGACCUCCUCAUGAAGGACUCGGACUGGGUGGCCGACUGGUCCAGUCGACCCGAAAACAUCCCGCCCAAAGAGUUCCAGUUCCGGCACCCGCGGCGCUCGCUGACGCUGAGCAUGAGGAAGACGGGGGUGAUGAAGAAGGGAGGCCUCUUCUCCGCCGAGUUCCUCAAAGUCUUCAUCCCCUCGCUGCUCAUCUCACACAUACUGGCCCUGGGCAUCGGGGUGUACAUAGGGAAGAGGUUGGUCACGCCUCCUGCCAGCUCCUUUUGAUUGACGUUGCCGUAGUGCCGGGGGCUCCGCCCCUUUGGGCCUGGGGGUGAUGUGGAGGGGAGGGACAAGAGUCGCAUGAUUCAGUUUGUACCACGAAUGCCCUCCCAUUAUACCCCCCCCACACCUUUCUUUCUUUUCUUUUCAUACCCUCUCACUCCUUUUCCCACCUCUCCUUUCCUCUUUUUACCCUUCUCUGUUCUCCUCUUUUCUACACCUCUCUCCUCUCAUCUGCUUUCCUACCCUGUUCUCUCCUUUACUUCCCUCGCCUGUCCUCCUGUCUUCCUUCUUCCUUUUUCGUUUCCUCCUCUUUCCUCCUCUUCUCCUCCUCUUUCCUCCUCUUCUCCUCCUCCUCUUUUCUCCUCUUCCCUACCUUCCUCUCUUCCUUCCUUCUCCUCUUCUUCCAGUACCCCACACCAACCCCCCCCCCCCAAACCAUGGUGUCUGUGCUGGUCCAAGAAGAGAAAGUGCCAUGUUUGUAUUGAAACCAAGCAGAAAAGGAGCGAGCCCCCAGCCCCCCCACACACUUUUUAAUUUUUAAGAGUGAUUCUUUUUUUUUUAUUAUUAUUAUUUUUUUAAAUUUCCCCCUGAUUUUCCCACCCCACCACCCCUCUUGCCUGAUGGAGAUGGAGAUGGAGGUCUGCCCAUGGAGGGAUGGAUGCCCAGUGACAAGAUGGCAAAGAUGGAGAUCGAGAGGAAACCAAAAAUGUUUUGUGAAAUGAGAGUGGCGCGGCGCCAGGCGCUGCUUCAGCACAUUGGCUUGGCGUGGAAGAGCGUGUUCUUGUGUGUUCUGUCCAGUCCUGUUCUGUCUCCUUUGGCUAGGUCCAGUCAACUCUGUGGAAAGAAAUAUGCUCAGGAUGUGUUUUUGUCACACACAAAUACACACAUACACACACACACACACACACACACACACACACACAGCAUUAGCGAGACAACUUUUUUUCUGUCUCCUGUAUCCUGAGUGAAACCCCUCCCUAGUAUUCUGGAGCCGUUCAUGACGUUCACAUGCCUUUUUUGUUCCAGAGUUGAAUGCUAUGUAAAAAAUAUAUAUAAUACAUGUCCAGUUAUGCACUGUUGUUGCAGGUAGAGGGCAGUGUUGUUGGAGAGCUCGUUUGGUUUGUACGUACAGUACGCAUGUUUUUAGUUAAGCGCAAUGACGUGUGGAACUUUUUAUGUUAGUUUUGACGUCAUGUCAAGUGAAUCAGUGUGGCAUAACACAGUCCACUAAAAACAGUGUUUUGCUUGCUCUUCAAUCUAUCUCUCUCUCUCUCUCUCUCUGUCUCUCUCUCUCUCUCUCUCUCUCUCUCUCUCUCUCUCUCUCUCUCUCUCUCUCUCUCUCUCUCACAUACACACACCUUCCCACUUAUCGCCCCCUCUUUCAAAAGGCAAUGUUGUGGACAGAGGCACCCAUCAUGUGUUAAAAAUAAAAAAAUCAAAAGACGCUGAAGAAGGCUUAGGCCGAAACGUCUGUCUGUCUGCCAUGCUAACCCAGUAUGCAAGAAUGCAAGUAUGCAGUAGGCAAGAAACUGAUCCGGGAGUGCGGCUUUUUCUACUAUACAUUAAAAAUCAAAACGACACAUGCAUGCAUCUUAUGCAUGCAAAUGCAGGUGGCGGCCAAUUAAAUGCCCCAGAGUAUCUCAGCUCCGCCCCCGGGGCUUGCUGCAGGUGUCUCAGAUUUGGCAUUCACCCGCACCUGUCUUUCUGUUCUCGUCAUAUCACCCGAGGCCAAGUGUGGACUUAUAACGUCAGGUCAGGGCAUGCCAGGUCAGGUCAGGUGAGCAAUACUCAUUCAGAGGCUAGUACUACGUGUGAACCGGGACUUGCCUAACAAGUUUCACGCACCUCUACACAGGCAUCAAGGGUGUCGAUUGAAACAGACCUGUCAAGAUUUGAGUACCAAAUCCUGAGAGAUUUUUGUGGUGGCGGUAAGUCCAAUUAUAGCAGAAUGCCGUAGUAGACCACAUUAAAAGAGUACUGCGAAUUAAACAGAGAUGGGUCUAAAAUAUGGGAGAAACCCAGGAAAACAAGAGUGCUGUCAGCUCGGGAUUAAAAGCCGAUUUACAUGUAGUUACCUUGAUUGGGCUGCAAAAUGGGAUGCUCCUGCCACAACACCAAUAGCCCAUGGAUGCCAAGGCUUAAAACCAUGUGGUGCAUUGGCAGACCAAAUUGGGCAAAACAAAGCGUAUCUUCGAAAGUUUGAAUUCCAUUUGGACAGCCUUCCUUGAUGCCUUUGCUGACACCAAGUGCACUCUUCGAAGGCAACAUCCUUCUCAUCAGCAGUUUCGGACACAACCAGACUGAGUCACCCUUGACUUGUGAACUUUGAACUCCGACCUGACUGCUAGUGCUGACAUGUACACAGUCGGCCUCCUAAAGCCCUGACUGACUGACUGGCCAAUCGCUUGGUACCUCUCUUUGUUCUCUGUUUGUGUAGGGAGCCAUACCACGUCCCUACACUUUGUGUUUUUAGGCUCGUUCGUGACAACGCAGUAAGAUUUUUGCUAGGCAGUGGGCAUGCGCACUUUGCCAGUUUGAUGCAUUGUGGUUAGACAAUUUUAACCAGAAUGCAUCAAACUGGCAAAGUGUGCAUGCCCACUGCCUAGCAAAAAUCGUACUGCUUCGUCACGAACUAGCCUAAUGUAAUUGCGUGCGAAGGUACCCCCCAUCCAUAAAGUUUUAACACGCACCAUUUUCCUCAAAUGGUGUAUGGCGCCAUACCCCCGCCCCGCCCAUUAGCUGUUUGUACAGUACGUGACACUAGACCACCACCCCCUAAAUUUGUGUGCAUGGGACUAUGGGUCCCGCCCACUGCCCCAUCUAUUUGUGUUCGGAGUUAGACGACACUCGAAUGAUCCCUCUAUUUAUGUAUGUAAGCUAGCUAGACCACCUCCACUGCCCCCCUCUCUCUAUUUGUGUAUGCAGCCAGACCCACCACACUAUGUCUCGAUGUAUGCAGCUAGACCAUAGCAAAGCUCUUGUGUACAGUUUAGUUCGUGGCUCUUGCCAUUCUCUAUUAGUCUCAUCUCCUAAUAAGCGUAGAAACAGGUCGUUAUACAGUUAGGUAGAUCAUAGUGUAGGAUAGUGUCUGAUUAGAAUCUUCUUCUAGAUAACAGAACUCAUCUUCAGAAUUAUAGAAUAGAUUGAAUUCAACUGCAGGUCGGUGUGUCGUCAACAGAACUCCAAAAUCAGCCCUAAAUCUCCAGAUGGUAGCUGUCUGAGAAUGUUCACCAUCAUCGCUAUCAACCUCUAUGUUAAUCGUAAUACAUGAUGUUUUUGACACACAGACAUGUUUUUUAAAUGGUCUCAGCCCUGUCUUUCGGGUCUUCCUAAUCUCUUGUCAUUCACCUCUAUGGGGGGUAACCUGCAGAGACUUAAAUGAUGUGUGCAUUCCUAUGACCCAUGUGCCUGUUCUGUGCAGCCAUGAAGCUUCGUAAACCCGUCAUCGUGUUUCUUAGGGCAUACAUAGAGGGGUCUGUACCUGACCUAGUGUCUCUCUCAUAGGCUACAUACAUAGGCUAGACUUAUAGGGGGUAGGGGGGAGUCCUUAUACCUUGUUUAUAGUGUCACAUAAUGCAUGGAUAAGGGGGUGGGGGGUGGUUUAGUGGUGCCACAUUGUCAGGGUUUGGGUACUUUUGGCCGCCCGAGAAAAAAAUAAAAUGUAAAAAAUAAAAAAGCAUUUUGAGUUUAUUUUAUUUCCUUCAGUGUGUUUUGUGUUUGCUAAUUUGGAGGGUUUUUUUGUUGAUUUUGGUUUUUUUUGUGUGCGUGUCAUGUUCAUUUUUCUGUUUCGCUGGUUUGGUUUUUUUCUCUCGUGUAUGGAGACGAGCUGCCAUGGGUGAACGCACAUAGCAAGUAGCACGGAAUUGCUUGGUUGAAAAAACCAAUGGAGGGUGUGUUUUUUUGUUUUGUUUUAUUUUAUUUUAUUUUAUUUUUGUUUUAUUUCUGAAGAUGUAACUGCAACUGGAUUGAAAUUGGUGGAAGGAUGUGUUUCAAACUUUCCACCCAGUUAACACAGCUUGAGGGUAGUGGCAGUCUUGGUUACAGCAUUUGUAAAAAUAAAAAAAAUGAAAAUGAAACAUAUUACAGAACUUGUUUUUUAUUUAAUUUUUUCAUCCCUGAUUGGAGAAUUGAACAGAUUUUAUCAAUAAAACUUAAAGAACAAACUGCU